AUAUGAGUUUUUCACAAAAAAGUAAUCGAACUGAAAACAGUCUUGUUCACAUUGGUGAGAAACCUUUUUCUUGUAGUAUAUGCAACAAGAGUUUUUCGGGAAAAAGUUAUCUAAAUGAACACAGUCGUGUUCACACUGGUGAGAAACCUUAUUCUUGUGGUAUAUGCAACAAGAGUUUUUCGCAAAGAAAUCAUCUGGCUAAACACAGUCGUGUUCACACUGGUGAGAAACCUUAUUCUUGUAGUAUGUGCAACAAGAGUUUUUUGAAAAAAAGUGAUGUGGCUAAACACAGUCGUGUUCAUACUGGAGAGAAGCCUUAUUCUUGUAGUAUAUGCAACAAAAGUUUUUCGCAAAAAAGUCCUCUAACUGAACACAGUCGUGUUCACACUGGUGAGAAACCUUAUUCUUGUGGUAUAUGCAACAAGAGUUUUUCACAAAGAAAUCAUCUGACUAAACACAGUCGUGUUCACACUGGUGAGAAACCUUAUUCUUGUAGUAUAUGCAACAAAAGUUUUUCGCUAAAAAGUCCUCUAACUGAACACAGUCAUGUUCACACUGGUAAGAAACCUUAUUCUUGUAUUAUAUGCAACAAGAGUUUUUCACGACAAAGAUAUCUAACUAAACACAGUCGUGUUCACACUGGUGAGAAACCUUAUUCUUGUUGUAUAUGCAACAAAAGUUUUUCACAAAAAAGUUCUCUAACUUUACACAGUCGUGUUCACAAUGGUGAGAAACCUUAUUCUUAAAGUAUAUUCAACAAAAGUUUUUCCGCAAAUAAGUUAUCUGUCUAAACACAGUCUUGUUUACACUGGUGCUAAUCCUUAUUCUUGUGCUAUAUGUAAUAAGAGUUUUUCAUGCAAAAGUCAUCUGACUAAGCACAGUUAUGUUUAUACUAGUGAAAAACCAUAUCUGUGCAGUAUAUGUUAUAAGAGUUUUUCACGUAGAGGUCAUCUGACUGAGCACUUUGUGUUCAUACUGGAGAGAAGCUUUAUUCUUGUUGUGUAUGUAAUAAGAAUUUUACUCACAACAGUAAUCUGGUGAAACACAGCAUUGUUCAUGCUAGUUAGAAACAUGAUUCUUGUAGCUAAUUCUUAACCCCGUAUUCACCAUUGACACUGACCUAACGCGAAACACCCAGUUCCGAAACCCCGGUUUGGAUAUGUUGACCAUGAGUUGAAAAGUGUAUUUUUCAUUAUUUUUUGUCAGUCUGUUUCCUAACUAGGGUUUUCUUAACUCGCUGCUAACUUGCACUCCGGUGUUAGAUUUACAGCUUUAUUAACUGUGAUUGUUUUCAAUUUUUGCUGCUUUUUAAAACAAUUUUUCUAUGAAGGGAUUAAAAAGAGAUUGCAUUGAGUAAUUAAAUUUUAAUCACUCUUUUGCUGGACAAAUGAAAAAGAUGUUAAGUUUUGUUUUCCUAACUCAGUUGUAUAGAUGAGCAAAAGGAUCUAAGUAUUAUAAUUAUGAAUUUAAUAUUUUUUUAUAAUGGAUAUCAUAAAGCUUCUCACAAAUAUAGAAAUAUUACUGAAAUUUAAUUAAAAAUACUUUUAUUUUAAACAAGGAUCAAGAGGAUUAUGCUACAUCAUUCUCAUUCUUAUUCACCUUUUUAAUAUUUAACAUAUUAUCAAUAACUUAAACCAUUGAGAAAUUUUUUUCUUUUUUCUAAAAACUUAAAAUGAAAUUGUAUAAAAUAAACUUCUCUGCUCAUAUAAGCAUAAAUCAAUAUAUUCCUAUCAUUCAAACGAAGCUAGAAACGACUAUUAUUGGACUGCCGAUGAUAGAGAGGAUUACCGUCAGGGAUAUGAUGAGUAAUAUAACAAUUUUUUUAAAGGCAAAUGUCAUAAUAUGAACAAAUGUUUCAAAACUUUUAAAAAAAUCAUAAAUUUAAAAAUUUUAUUAUUUAAAUAAUUGUAAAUAAAAAUAUAUCAGUUGUAUAUGCACCAGAUGUCAUAAAGCCAUAUAUUUAAAAAAAAUGUUAAGUAAAGACGGCAUAUUAACUUCAUGUAAUAUUAAGCAAUUAAUCUCUCCCAAAUGAUUAAACUUUUACCAAAUAUUCAGCUGAUUAUUAGAUAGUUAUAAAAUUAUAAAUGGUUAUUAAAGUUAUUUGAUGCAGAUUAUUGUGUAGUUAAAAUGUUACCUCGCAUCAGGAUUUGUAUUGAUUACGUAAUAUUUAUUUCAGCAUAAUUUUUAUUAUAUGUUUUAAAUAAUGUUAUUAUUAUAUAUUAAAAAUAAUGUAAAAUAAUGUUUUUUAAUUCUAUUAAUAGUUUUGUUCUAUAUAUAAAAAAAUUUAAAAUGUCAUUUGCUAUCUUAAUAUCUAAAUAUUGCACAUUAUUUUGCCUGUUCAUCUCUAAACUAUAAUUUAUUUUUGGGCAAGAUCUAUCAUCCAGACAUAUAUCAUUCAGAUCUAUAAUAAUUUUAUAAAUUGUAUUCUCUUUUAAAUUUUAUAUUUCUUUGAAGCAUCGGUUUUUUUUUUCAUUGAAAAAUAUAGAUAAAAGCUAGUUAAAUUAUUUAGAAUCUUAUUAUUUACACUAUUCAUUUGAAUUAUUACUAUGGACACAAUCUGAGUUAUCUACAUUUUUUUUCCGAUUGAAAAAUUAUUUAAGUGCAGCAAUGACUGCUAAUAAUAAUUUGAGAAAUAUACAUAAUAUCAUCUAUAGAAUAUAUUAACCCCGGAAAAUUUAGUUUUCAUUUUAUUAAUAAGCAUUUAUUUGAUAUAAAUUAAUUAUAGUUAAAUCUAGUAAUAAAUUUACCUCACUGAACAUCAAAAGUGCUAAUUUUGAAAACAUAAACAAAUGAAAAUUCGCCAACUACUCACCUACAAUUACUCGAACCGGGAUAAUCUUCAGGUUUUAGUUAGUUAACUCUGGAUCCAACUGACACGCAGUUACGUACAUGGUGAGAAGAAAUUUUGGAAUCUAACAUGGAUUUGCUAUCAUAAAACCUGUGGGUUAGUUUCCAUAGUGAAUACGGUGUCAAGGAAAAUCUCUGUUAAGGAUUUUUAUGCUUAAUGUUCUGUUUAUACUGCUGACUAACUUUAUUCUUUUUGUAAGUUUAUACAGAUAAUGUUUAAAUGACCUGUUCACAAUAAUUUUCAUUUUAGUUAUUAAUCUCAUUGUGUACCUUUAUUUAACAAUUUUUAUAGAAAAGUGUUUUCACUGUCUAGUCCAGAGUUUUUAAUAUCAAAUCUGUUUGUCAAGAAGAAGAAUAUUUUUUUUUCUUUCAAUUCAGUUGGGCUGAACUGAUGUUUUCAGAAUAAUGCUUGCAUAUUAUACUAUCAAAAUAAAAGAUUUUUAAUAAAAAUUA